CCAACAAAAGUAAUCAGAAUCAUACAGUAUCAGUUCAAUAUGUCAUACUUCCAUAUCGGAUUAAUCAUAGCAACAGUUGCCAUUCUCAAAGUUUCACCACAAAAUGUGGUUGUUUCUCCUAAUCAUAUUAUUACUGAUGUUGGGGCAGAAUCUGUUACAUUCACCUGCAAUGUAGACCUGGAUCCAGCAUCAGAAAUAUCUAAAUAUUGGAUAACAUGGAAAAGAAGGAGGUGUACUUUCUUCUACGGAUAUGACGAAACAAAACUUGCUCAUAAUGAUACAGUCUUUGAUAAAGAUAAGUAUAGUCUCCAUGGUAUGUCAUCCAUAGCAAGCAACAGCAUUACACAAAAUUUGACAGUACAUAGAACUGAAGAAGAUGACAUAGGGAUAUAUUAUUGUCAGUUAAUUAUUGCUGGUACUAGUGCAGAUAGAGAUUAUUCUUACCUGAUUCUAAAGAAUAUCAUUUCUCAAGUUUACUGUUAUGACUACGGAAUUAAACAAGAAUAUAGGAGAUUGAUUUGUUCAUGUUAUUCAGGAUAUCCACCAAUAACAUUACAAUGGAUUGACAAAGAUGGCAAUGUACUGGCUGCAGAACAUCAAUGUUACUAUACUGGUGGUGGUUUUAAAUGUUCGCUUUGUAAAGUAAAAUAUACGGUACAUACUGCGUCUUUAUAUCAAGACGAAAAUUUCACCUGCGUAGCUACAAGCUCAGGAUCAGCAACAACACAGCAAUGCAUAGGUACUCCAAUAAUGUCAGGUAAGGGUAAUACAUACUUCUCAUUUACUUAUAAUCAGUCAACUGUGGGUGUGGUAGAAACUACAGAGAUGCUGUCAAUCAUGUCAACAAACUCCAACGACGAAUCUGGUAACAGUUACUUUGCGUUACUGACAGACAAAGAUACAAUUAUUGCGAUAUUAUCUGUCAUUGGAGCCAUAAGCAUACUGGCCAAUGUAGCAUUUUUAUGUUACAUACUCACCAAGAACAGAAAAAAGACAAAUAAAACUGAAGCAGGUACAAAACAAUAUGCAACUUGCAUAUUAAGUCAAGUAUCUAGUAAACAACAGAAAGGAGUUGGAAUAUUUAAACAAGAAGUUGGAGAAGACGGUUAUAUGGAACCAAUUAAAGUUGGAGAAGAUGGUUAUAUGGAACCACCUGCACACAUUCAAGAUCCAUAUGAACAAAUCAAUAAUAAUGCUGAUUAA